AUGAGCCAUGCACGGACGUGCGUCCGUCCGUGUUUGCUUUUCAAGCAGCAGGCAGUAACGCCCAGUCGUCAGCCUGCGCCACGUCGCCGUCUGAACACCGUGCAUGCCGGGCUGUCCGUGUCCAUCACCACACCAUCUGUCCAUGGCCUGUCCGCAUGCACUCCUCGAUCAUCAAAUGCUGGGACGUCGCACGCAUCCGCAUGGCGCUCUACCGACGAAACGGAUGAUCGAUAA